AGCUAUAAACAUUUCAUACGGACUUUACUUCUACAGUGCGAUAGUUUUUCGACCACAAGUCACUAGAAUGUUGCACGGGUAGGUUCCGCAAUAAUCCGGUGUCGAGAGGGAAAAGAGCUUCUCUCGCGUAUUUCAACAAAAUGAAUAACCCAGUGACUCUAUUCGUUAUUCCGUUCCUCCUAGUCCAAGUUCAGAGUGCUACAAUUCCGAUAAAUGUGGGCCAGGAUGGAGGAGAAGGAUUACAGGAUUUGUCAUCGAGGCCUAAAAGAAUGGAUGAAGCAACUAGGAAUUUGCUAAUCGCAGGGGAGAAAAUUGAGGAGCUGGGAAUUAUUCGUCCACCGAGAUUCCAUCGACUAAAUGAGCUGCGACAAUCCAAUCCAUCCCGAAAAACGAAAAGAUGUCCAAGACUCUAUCUCGCCGAGAAUCCAAAUUUUCAGAACAACAUCGUUGGGGCAACUCUAAGGAAAAAUCUGAAAAAACUCUGCGAACAAUGUAAGCAAUCCCCAAUAUGUAGAGGGAAAGAGGAAUGCGAACAUUGCGUAAGAUAUUGCCAACCUUAUGGAGCGGAAUCUAAAGGGGACGAUGAAGCUUCUUCCAUGGAGGAAGUGGGAAUAGCAAGGGAACCUGAAAAUGAUUUUACGCAAGGCGAGGGCAGGCGAGACAUGACUUUAGUUUCGAGGUCUGCCGGCGGCGAAGAAAUGGAUCUAGGCGGAAACUUGGAUCGUCUGCAGAUGAUUCGAACGACUAUGGCUGAAAAGACAGAUCAAGGGACAAUUGUCGGUAAUCAUCACGAUGUGAGAGGAGAAAGAGAAAAGGAAAACCAUCAAGCAAGUCGAUACUAUACAGUCGGGGUCAUCAAGCCUGGAUUAUUGAUGAAUAUAAUGUUGAAACUGAUCAACAUCAAACCAACUGCCGAUAUGGAGAAAGCUGUUCUUUUGGUGAAAUCCAGAAGGCCUCUGCCCUUAACGGUGGACGUUGAAGAAAGAAUUGAUGUAGAAUUCCUCAAGAUGAUAGGGAGGGAACUUGAAACUGCAGAAAGAAUUCACGAAAAGUCUCCUCUUGACGCAGAAGAUAUAAACAGGAUACUCGAAACCGCUUACGAAAAGGGUGAAUUCAAGUCUAAAACUGAAGGACAAAUGGUUGGCGAAGCAGGACCUGCGGAUACUUUUGGCGACGAAAUGGUAUCUUCAUCCGAUGACUUGAAGUCGAAAACUCAAACAAUGAGACAAAAUGGAGACUCCCAAGAUUCAACACCAGAAAUGCUCCAGCGAGACAACUCAAUGGAAGAAGAUACAAAAACUAGACUGGAAGAAACUAACGCUACAGACAGUGAUGAGUCCCUAGAAGAGAAUGAUAAAUCAAGAACAUUUCACCACAAAAAGUACAAGAAGAAAAAGAAGAAGCAACAUAUGCACUCAUACGCUAGUUCCUACGGAAGUUCCUAUGGAAGUUAUAACAAUCAUCCUUAUGGAUAUUCCAGAUCUAAUGAUGAUCUUUCCAACAAUCAUGAACAACCCCAUCCACAAAUCGAAAACCAAGAAACCAUUGAAGCAUUGACUGGAGCACAGCAAGAAAGUUUAAGACCGCACAACGAAGAUCGUAUUGGAGCCAAAGAUGAAUUUCAAACUGAUCAGAAGGGCUUCAUAUACAAAGGACAAGGAGGUUUUUCUAAGGGUCCAACACAAUCUCAGAAAGUAAGAAAUGAAGAGAUUGAAACCGGAUCUCGAAAUGAAGACAAGAUUGGAUCUGAGGGAGAUACCAAAAAGGAUCAGAAAAAAUUUUCAUACAAAGAACAGGGCGAUCUUCACAAUGACUGGCCAAGAUCACAUGAUGAAACACUUCUGGAAGCGAAACAGGGAGAUGAAGUGACCUCUGAUAAAGAUUCAACUAGAACUGGAGAGGAUUUUCAGAGGGAUUCUGAGGUAAUUAAUGAUGGAAUGGCCCAGAUACAUCUCUCAGAACAAAAUAAGUUGUUGGAUCCGAAGAAAGUGUCUAUUGCACAACCAAAUGAGGACAGCCAUGAUGGAAUGCCAGAUACUUUUCAUACAAGAAUACAUGCCCAUUUUAGCAAAGUACAAGAAUAUUUCAAUAAAAAGUCUGGUAGAACGUCAGGAAAAUCUGAACCAAUAGUGGGUAUGACGGAAUCAACCAAUCUAAAAAAUUCAAACGAUGAUACAAUUUCGUCAGGUAUAAAGAUGCAAAUAAGAAAUAAUGGAGAAAAUUCUGAUAGUGAAAAUGAGAGUACCGGAACUGACAUUCCACAAAUUCGAAGCAGUGGCAAAGCACAAGGAGAAAUUUCGUCUGAAUUUGAAUCCUCUGAUAUAAAACACGAAGCAAUGGAUGAUAUGCCAAGGGUUGGAAUGGAUUUUCAGCCUGAAGAUCUUGUUAAUUUACAAAUGGCCAAAGAAAACGGUAUGAAGGACAAAGCCGAUAAAAUUAGCAAAACAGGGUUCAUUGAGCCACAAGACUUAAUAAUACUUCAAAAGAAAGAAGAAAAUGAUGGUUUGAAUAGAGAAAUUAUUAACUCUGGAACUAACGCGAAAACGAAAGCUGCAGAUAAUUUCGACAAUGAGUUUUCAUCUGUAAACACCGAAGGUGAAACUUUCAACGAAAUUGAUAAUAAUGACGAUCUAAAAGAUUUCGAAAACCCAAUUAACAAACCUCAGUUCAUGAGUGGCGAUAAAAAUUUGCCGGGACAGACAAUUAUUCAAGUAGAUGAUCAAUUAAUUGAUGUACCUGAUCAAGGAAAGUCGAUUUUCCAGGUGAACAGUCAACCUUUGACUAUUUCAAAUAAUGACAAUGAUCAGGAACAAGAGAGCAUCCAAAUAAAUCAACCUGAGAUUGGUGGUAACGAGGAAAGCGAAAACGUUGGUUCGAUUAAGGUAUUACCAGCAGGAAAUCUCAGAAAAAACCCUCAAAUAAUGACAGACCAAUCAGGCCAAAAUUUGGGAUUAGCAGCAAACGGAAAAGAUGUAUCUGUUGCUAAAAAACAUCCCUUGGUUCCUUCAUUCGUUUUUCAAAAGGAGAAAGAAUUCCGUCCUCCAAAAAUAAUGUAUACACGUGAUGAGGACAAGGAACGCUCAUCUUUAGCAGACAUGCAAGCAAUAUCUAACGGAGAAGCUGAAUUCCCCAAACCUAACACGAGUCCGAUAAGAAAAAAUUCAUUUGCACCCGCUUUCGGUGGUUCUCAGUCGCCGAAAAUAAUACACAUCGGGGAACAAAAUUCCAAACGCUCAUCUGGAGCAAAACAACAAGAAAUAACCAAUGAAGAACCUAUUCUUUCAACAGACGAUAGCAGCCCAAUAAAUAGAAACUCUUUCGAAUCAACACUUGUAGGUUCCCAAUCUCCCAAAACAGUACAUUUAGAAGAACAAGGUUCGGAACGCUCCUCUACUGGAGAAAACCAAGAAAUGCCUAAUGAGGAACUUGAGCUUCCUACAGCAGACAACAGCCCAAAAGGAAAUAUAGAAGAACAAGGAUCCGAACGCUCAUCUACAGCAGUUAAACCAGCGGUUCCCGAAGAAAAUCCAACAAAUGACAUAAGCUCGGUAAAAGAAAAUUCUAUUGCAACAGUAGGAAAACUGGGAAUACCUGCACCAGCUCAAACAGAUAUUGUGGGAAAUAGACGGGUUGAAUAUGCAAACGCCAUCGAGGAAAGGAUUGAAAAAUUAAUAACUCCCAGAGAACAAGAAUUCCUUCACAAUUUCGGUAAAAUAGUACCUGCCGUCGAGAAAAUGCACCUCAAUUCAAAAUCUGAUAUAUACUUCAUGGGAAACGGAAUGAAACUACCCUUGAAAAUGUCUCCAAAUAAAGAUGGAACCAUUUCUCUUUCAGUGGACUUGGAGAAGCUCUGUGAAUGUAGAAAUUCCACUUGCGCUCACAAAAUGGAUAUGAUCAAUAAGCUAGAUGAAAAUUUAAUGGACAUAUCGAAUGACUUUAAAAAUUCUGAGGCUUCGGCAACAGGAAAACUAGAAAAUGAUAAUAACAUACCCCUCAUCGAAAACACUACAGAGAAAAAAAUCAGGAAGCCCAGAAAUCAUAUGGAUUUAUCUAAAUUAUACAAAACAUACAGAAAAAAAUAUCACAAAUUGCAUAGACGCGCCAUUUCUAACGAAUAUUUUGGGAGAUUCAAAGAAGUCGAACAAGGUUUAGAAAAGAAGUUAGAGGAACUCAAUGAAAAUGUUAAAAAGUCUAAUCGAGAAUACAAUAAUAUGUUAAGAAAAGGAACAAAGGACUUAUUGCAGAUCAAAGAAGAAGACCAAGUAGUAAAACAAAGAAUAGAGUUAGUAAAUGAUCUUCUGCAAUGGAUGAAAGAAAUGGCAUCAGAAGUGACAAAUGUAGAAAAUCCAAUGUCAAAAUAAAAAAGUUAUAUUAUAGAUUUUGAUAUUUUAUAUAAUUUUAGUGGAAUUUGUAGACAUAAUGUUUGUUUAUCUUGCUUUUUAUAUAUAUUUUUCCAACAAUAAUAAUGUUUUCAUUACUA